AUGAUCCUUUUCUCGUUCUUCGGCCAAGCUGCUUGUGGUCUAACCUUUGGAGUCGUGCCCUUUGUCUCCAGAAGGUCUUUAGGGUUAAUCUCGGGAAUGACGGUUGGAGGAGGGAACGUGGGAGCGGUGAGAACUCAGCUGGCAUUCUUCAAACGGUCAAAAUUUUCCAAGGAGACUGGAAUCACAUACAUGGGAAUAAUGAUCAUUUGCUGCACUCUCCCUCUAUGUUUGAUCAACUUCCCGCAGUGGGGUGGCAUGUUUUCCGCCGGUCGCAGCAGCACAUCGUCUGCCACCGGAGAGGAUUACUACGUGGCUGAAUGGAGCUCACAGGAGAAGGAGAGAGGGCUACAUCAGGCUAGCUUGAAGUUUGCUGAAAACAGUAGGAGGGAGCGAGGGAGAAGAUCGACUUGCAAUACUGCGCCAGCUAACGACACAUCCUCGUCGUCGCUAGCAGAAUUCGCGGUCUGA